UGCCCUUGAUUGGGAGUAUAGUGCAAAUGUGAACCUGUUUAGUGUUGAAUGUGAAUGUGAUUUUGUGUGAGUGAAAGUGCUCAUUGCAGCUUCAUAAGCUCACAGAAGAAAAGAAACACUGUGAGACCUACACAGGACAUGCAAGUGCUGUGAAGUGGGGAGUGUAUCCUCUGGAUUGAUUUGAAAUCGAGUCCAUUACCAGUACCAGAUGAUACUGUAAUUGUGGAGUUGGAACAAUGCUAGUAAAUCAGUGGAUUUUCUUUCAGACUUCUUACUGUGUUCCCUUGGCAACCUUUCCUGAUUGUGAGCGAGGGUGAAGGUGAUUGUGAGCAAGGGUAAAGGUUUUUGGAGAUAAAGUAGAAGAACGGAAACAGGGAGGGGCAGAUGAGUGAUUACCAGUGUGUCAGCAAGUUGGUGAAUUCACCCGGCAGCUCAAAGACAACUGCUAAAACGGAGGAUCACACUCUGUUUCUGUUCUCUGUUCUAAACCACACUCCUUACUUCCUGCUAUGUGUGGGUGUGUGUGUGUGUGUCAAUGUGAAAGAAGAAAAAGAAAAGCUCUCUAACAGUAGGGUUCAACGUGCUCGUUCUACUGAGAGCUGUAACAAGCAGGUACUGUGUUUUGCUUUACUCCUACUCUGUGAACAUUAUCCUUAUUUAUCUCUUUAUGUAUAACGUGGAAUAGUACAGAAAGCUGGAUUUAUUUCUUUAUUUAUUUUUUCCCCAGAAGUCCUUGUUUGACACCGCUGUUGUGUCAUAAUAUUCAAUUGUCGUUGCAUAUCAUUUUGAUGGUCAUCUGAAUCUGAACUCUCAACGCCAUCAGAAGGUGCAUUACUAAAACAUAUCUGUUCCAAUAACCACCCUAUAUUAAAGUUUGUAUUCCAGAUGAAUGUGUGGCUUCAUAAAGACAUAUACAACUGUUAUAUAAGCCAGAAAAGCCAGAGCAGGAAAUGAGUUGGAUUAUAAAAAAAGAUUCUGUUAACUGCUUAUGGGCAUAACAUCCUUACUCAAUUAUAUGUGUUGGCUUGUAUCAGUCUUUGGUACCUAGAGAGUUCUAUUCAUCUAAUUCACUUUAAUCUGUCUUGUUUUUCUUUGCCUGUCCUUGUGUCUUUCUGUCUUGAUGUCUUUUUUCUAUGACCAGAUGGAGUUUGCCUGUAGUCACAUUGUGUGUAACUGGACGUCUGGUACCAUGGUUACAGGUCUCUCUUCCUCAUUACCUGGUGCUACGAGUGACCCCACCACCUGCCCUCCUCUCCCAAGGCCCCGCUCCGUCUGCGAUCAUGACUAUGACAACCGCAUCUCUGUCAUUCCCAAAGCAGCACGGGCAUUGGUUCCCCCACCUGUGCCCCCACGCCACUUUGACUCUCCAGCACCAAAACAGCCACAUGCCACCUCAGAUCCACCCCCCGUACCCCCUCGAGGGAUGGAGGGGAGUGGGGAGAGUCCCAUCAAAGCCAAUGUCAACGUUCUUUUAAUUAAUGUGGGGCAGCUAGUAGACAUCAGUAAAGCCAGUGGUAUCCAGAGCAACCAGAAGCCAGUGUACUGUGAGAGAUGUAGAGCGGUCAUGUCAGCAGUUAGCAAUUCACAAAACCGACAGAAUACAAAUGGGGUGUGGUGCUGUGAAUUCUGUGGGACAGAAAACCACUUGUCAGGUCCUGGGAUGCUCAGUCGACACCCCCAUCUGCUUCUCCAGCGCCCCUGUCCUGGUCGGGAUGUUCUGUAUGUGAACGAAGAGCUUGAUGCAGAUUAUGAGAACCUGGAGGACAUGCUGGUGGUGUUCUGCGUGGAUGUUUCUGGAAGCAUGAGUGUCACCUCGGAGAUCGCACCUGGAAAUGCCAUGAGGUCUCCCACAUAUGUGUCACGACUGCAGGGUGUUCAGGACGCCCUUCAUAAGGCACUGUCCUCCCUGCUGCAGAAGUCUCCCCAUCGGAGAGUUGCCCUGGUUACAUUCAACGAUGAGGUGACUGUGUACGGCGAUGGCACCGCUGUUCCAGUCACGGUAAAAGACUGGGCUCUUCUGGACUACGAUCACCUGAGGGAGCGAGGAGAGACACACUCCACCCCACACUGCAUCGCUGAGAGCCUGCCGUCCCUCACCAAACGGGUGAAAGAACUGAGAGAGCAUGGUGCCACGGCACUUGGUCCUGCAGCCCUUGUCUCCGUGGCAAUGGCCUCACAGUACCCCGGGUCAAAGGUGAUUAUAUGUACAGACGGAUGUGCUAAUAUUGGUUUAGGCCAGUUGGAGCAGGAGCAGAGCCAUAGCCCAGCGCCAUCGCCCUACUUCUACAGCCAGCUAGCCAAUUAUGCAACGGAGAAAGGGGUGAUUGUAUCAGUGAUGACAUUUGAAGGCGAGGAUUGCCGUCUCGCGGAAGUGGGAAGGCUAGCAGAUCUCACUGGGGGAAGGGUCAACAUUGUCAACAUUGGCACUGUGGCUACAGAAAUUCAGUCUGCUUUGGCAGACAACAUCAUGGCAACUGGGGUCAUGGCAACACUAUUGGCACCUGAUGGCGUGUAUUUCCCCUUUGAAGACGAUGAGGCCCACAAGCUGUUGAGGGAGAUUGGAAAUGUGACUGAAGGCUUCGAGAUCACAUUCCAGUUCGCUGUCAAACCAGACCAAGUGGAGAGCUUUCAGAGGAGGGAUAGGAUCCCCUUCCAGCUGCAGCUGGACUUCAGGACACGUGAUCUGCAGAAGGUCACCCGGGUCAUCACGCAGCAGAGGAGAGUGACGACCAGCAGCUGGGUGUGGGCAGGCAGUCUCAACAUGGGCGUGCUGGGAGUUCACUGUGCACAGCUGUGUGCCAGACUCACUAUGGAGGGGAGAGUGCUGGAGGCUCAGAAUCAGCUGCGUGCCCAGCAGGACUUGCUGAAAGACAUCAGCAAGCAGAGGCCGAGCCCUAGAGAGGAGAGUGUGUAUGGAAACUGGAUCAACACCAUGAGUAUGAUCUGUGAGGACCUGACCACAGACAACAAGGAUCUCUCCGAUGAAGCUGCUAAAGUGGUGUAUCAAAUGAAGAGGGCAAAGAGCGUCGCCAGUACUAAGAGGACGGCAGAAGCGUCGAAGAGUUAAUCAGAGAGCCGCUACAGCAGAUUGGCAGCCAAGGUGCUGCGGACUCAAGGAGUUCAGCCCUUAAAGACAUGUCAGCUGUCACCAGGACAUCAUGUGAGAAAUGGGCAGAUGUUAGUGAUGUGAUUUGUAUAAUUUGAUGUAUCGGCCCACAAUUAUGGAAUAUCAUUGUCAAAUUGUGGAUAUGAUGCUUGAAAGUGGACCAUGCUGAGUGACAAAACGUUUGCUUACAUAGGUUUAACGACACAACAUAUGUUUUGCUGUGCAAACAUCAAAAUCACUUUCAGACUUACAAUAAUGAUGUAAUGUAAUGUAAUGAUGAAUGACUUCUGGAGUAACAGGGAGAUGAUUGCCUGUAUUCUCUUCUGUUCGUUUGAACAUAACAUUGAACAUGAACAUGAACGUGAACAUAACAUUCUUUGUUUUAAGUGUUCUCCUGCAUUUAUUUGCAUUGCCUGAAAAUGUUCACAGCGCAAUAAAACACCUGGAAUAGAAACACAGAAUACACAGUUUUAGCAGCAGUGGUCUGAGCAAACCAGACAUUUUCCCUUUAUUUAAAAACAGCUGGAGCUAUGUUAUCACGGGAUGAUUAACACAGCUCUCACUCACCCAUACUGACACAGCUCUGAAGAGGUCACAGCUCAUCUUCCAGUAGAGGUUGCCACACUGCACACAUACUGUCACGUCAUCACAGUGAAUGCUGAUUAAUCCUACACAUCUACUUGUGUUUUAUUCCUUAAUGUGUUUUUAUAUUCAAUUGAUAAAGGAGUCCAAUGUAUCCAUUAAAGAAAGAAUGUAUAAAGGUCAUAUAGGGGUCAGAGGAAAAGCUGUGAAUUAUGGUUUUGUGUGUUUCUCCAACCUGGAUAAGAUAAGAAUAAAUAACUUUAUUUUACAACCCCA